GGUGGUGGCGGUGACCGUGGCCGUUAGCGGUGCGUCCCGGCGGCGCCGGCGGCGGCUCCCCGAGAGCGCGGAGGGCGGCGGAGGGCCCUCGGUCUGUGGCUGCCUAGGGAAGUCGAGCGCUGGGGACCCGGGAAGCGAGACGACCGCAGUGGCUGGUGCCCGGCCCCCUCCUUCGCGGUUCCAGCCCCCGUGGUGGCUGCGGGCUCCGGGCUGCCCCGGGGCGGCGGCCCAGGCGGCCGAGCGGACGGCGGGGGAUGACCGGGGAGCGGCGGGACUGACAGCACUGCACAGAUGAUGAGUAUUUACUUAUUCUGGAGACAACCAUCUCAGAUGGUAGACAGGAAAAGAAUGAGGACUUCAAAUUUCCGAUGGCUGUUAUCAAAAUUUGUCCUUCUAUAUCUGAUGGUUCAAGUAACAGGAGCACUGCGUGAUUUGAAGUGUACAACCAACAACUUGAAAGUAUGGGACUGUUCUUGGAAAGCAGGCUUUGAAUCAGUUAUUGAUGAAGUUUGUGUUGAAGAUAGGUCUUAUUCAUGCCAUCAAGUAGAGAAAACAAAUAUCAAAAUCCCAGCUCUUCCACCUGGUGAUCAUAUAAUGACAGCAAAGUCUUCACAUAGUCCUGCAAAUUCACUAAGCAAAUUCAUACUAAAUGAAAAGAAUGUUUCCUUCAUUCCAGAUACUCCAGAGAUCUUGAAUUUUUCUGCUGAUUUUCCAACUUCUACAUUAUUCCUAGAGUGGAAUGAUAAGGGCUCUGCUUUUCCAUAUCACGUGAAUGUCACCUGGGAAAUUAAAAUUCUACGUACAGAACGUAGGGAGCUCAUAAAAUUAGAGACAUAUAACACAAAUCUGAGUGGUAAAGACAGAGUUCAUCAGUGGAGUUGGGCUUCAGACCUGCCUUUGGAGUGUGCCACGCAUUAUGUGUCAAUUAGGUGCUACAUCGACUACCUUCAUUUCUCUGGACAUAAAGAGUGGAGUGACUGGAGCCAAAUGAAGAAGAUCCCUUGGUCUCCUAACUCUCAGACCAAGGUUUUUCCUCAAGACAAAGUGGUACUCGUAGGUUCAGAUAUAAUCUUUUGUUGUAUAAGUCAAAGCAAAGUGCUGGUAGCACAGAUUGGCAGUACCCUUUGCCCCCUUAUCCAUCUUGAUGAGAAAAAUGUUGCAAUCAAGAUCCGUAAUAUUUCUGUUUCCGAAAAUAGUGGAACAAAUGUGAUCUUCACAACAGAUGAUAACGUGUAUGGAACAGUUAUUUUUGCAGGAUACCCACCUGAUAUUCCACAAAAAUUGAAUUGUGAGACACAUGAUUUAAAAGAGAUUGUUUGUACUUGGAAUCCAGGAAGACCAACAGGAUUAGUCGGCCCACGAAAUACAAAUUAUACUUUAUUUGAAAGCUUUUCAAAGAAAUAUGUUACAUUUAAAAGAGCUGAAACAUUCACAAAUGAAAGCUAUCAGUUAUUCUUCCAAAUUCUUCCAGAUCAAGAAAUUUACAAUUUUACUCUGCAUGCUCAAAAUCCUCUGGGAAAAUCAGAAUCAGCACAAUUAGUCAAUAUAAUGGAAAGAGUCUCUCCCCAUACUCCUACUUCAUUGAAAGUUAAGGACAUUAAUUCAACAGCUGUUAUACUUUCUUGGCAUUUACCAGGCAAUUUUGCACAAAUUAAUCUUUUAUGUCAAAUUGAAAUUAAUAAAGCAAAUUCAAAACAAGAAUUGCAGAAUGCCACAAUCAAAGGAGUAAAAAAUGCAGAUUAUCUCAUUGAUGUGAACAAAUUAAAUCCAUAUACUAAAUAUACUUUUCGAAUUCGUUGUUCUGCUGAAACUUUUUGGAAAUGGAGCAAAUGGAGCAAUGAAAAACAACAUUUAACCAAAGAAGCCAUUCCUUCAAAGGGACCAGAUAUAUGGAGAGAGUGGAGUUCUGAUGGAAGAAACUUAGUAAUCUAUUGGAAGCCUUUAUCCAUUAGUGAUGCGAAUGGAAAAAUACUUUCUUAUAAUGUGUCCUGUUCGUCCCAUGAGGAAACACAGUUCCUUUCUGAGGUCCUUGACCCUCAACACAAAGCAGAGCUACCACUCAGUAAAAGGGACUGUAUUAUCAGUGUGGUGGCAAAGAAUUCUGCUGGCUCAUCGCCACCUUCUAAAAUACCUACUAUUGAAAUCCCAAAUGAUGAUCUCAAAGUAGAGGAGGUUGUUGGAAUUGGAAAGAAGAUUCUCCUCAGCUGGCAUCACAACCCCAACAUGACUUGUGACUAUGUUAUUAAAUGGUGUAACUCAUCAAGGUCUGAGCACUGCCUCAUGGACUGGAAAAAAGUUUCUUCAAACAGCACUGAAACUAUCAUAGAAUCUGAUCAGUUUCGUUCAGGUAUAAGAUACCAUUUUUUCCUGUAUGGGUGUAGAAACCAAGGUUAUCAACUACUGCGUUCCAUAAUUGGAUACAUAGAAGAACUGGCUCCAAUUGUUGCACCAAACUUCACUGUUGAAGAUACAUCUUCAGAUUCCAUAUUAGUAAAAUGGGAAGAUAUUCCUGUGGAAGAACUUAGAGGUUUCUUAAGAGGAUACUUAUUUUACUUUCAGAAAGGAGAAAAAGACACAUCUAAGAUGAGGGGUUUGGAACCAGUAGGUCGUUCUGACAUCAAGAUAAAGAACAUUACGGACAUAUCCCAGAAGACACUGAGAAUUGCCGAUCUUCAAGGUAAAACAAGUUACCGUCUGGUCCUGCAAGCCUACACUGAUGGCGGCGUGGGCCCCAAGAAGAGCAUGUUUGUAGUGACGAAAGAGAACUCUGUGGGAUUGAUCAUUGCCAUUCUCAUCCCUGUGGCAGUGGCUGUCAUUGUUGGAGUGGUGACAAGUAUCCUGUGUUACAGGAAACGAGAAUGGAUUAAAGAAACCUUCUACCCUGAUAUUCCAAAUCCAGAAAAUUGUAAAGCAUUACAAUUUCAGAAGAGUGUCUGUGAGGGGAGCAAUGCUCUUAAAACAUUGGAAAUGAAUCCUUGUACCCCCAAUAAUGUUGAGGUUCUGGAAACUCGAGCAGCUCCUAAAAUAGAAGAUACAGAAAUAAUCUCCCCCGUAGCUGAGCGUCCUGAAGAGGGCUGUAAUACAGAACCUGAAAACCAUGUGGUUGUAUCCUAUUGCCCUCCAAUCAUUGAGGAAGAGAUACCGAACCCAGUAGUGGAUGAAGCAGGAGGGACUUCACAAGUCAUUUACAUUGAUGUGCAGUCCAUGUAUCAGCCUCAGGCCAAACCAGAGGAAGAGCAAGACAUUGACCCUGUGGUGGGGCCAGGCUAUAAGCCACAAAUGCGCCUCCCCAUUAACUCCACUUUAGAAGAGACAGCUGCAGAAGAUGACAUAGACAAAACUGCAGGUUACAGACCUCAGGCCAAUGUAAAUACUUGGAAUUUGGUUUCUCCAGACUCUCCCAGAUCCACAGACAGCAACAGUGAAGUUGUCUCUUUUGGAAGUCCCUGCUCCAUCAAUUCCCGGCAGUUUUUGAUUCCUCCUAAAGAUGAAGACUCUCCUAAAUCUAAUGGAGCAGGGUGGUCCUUCACAAACUUUUUUCAGAACAAACCAAAUGAUUAAGUGUCACCAUGUCUGUCACUUCAGUCUGCCAUCUCAAAAAACUCUUACUGCUGGUGUUGCUGCAACAGUCCUGGGUGUUCUGGAGAGGGACCUUGUGAAGUACUGAUAGCCGGGAAACUUCACUAAUUUGAGUUACACUAGAAGUGUUAGAGCACUUUUAAUAUAGCCUGAAAGCCAAAGUACAUAACUUACAAUGUGCAGCCCACAAAACUCAAGAUUUGGAACUAUUUGUAAUCAAGCCAAAGAAUUCUCCUUCAAGAAGCAUUUCAAGGGCCAUACUAUCCACAUACAUGCAAAACAGAUGUUUUCUGUUGCUAGUGGUUGGUUUUCUCAUGUAUGUGCAUUAUGGAAUUCAAGUGGAUUUGAAGCCAAGGCAGACAAAUGUCAUUUAAAUAUUAUAUGACAAAAAUGUCACAUAGUGUUGAUUUAUCUGACAUUUGCUUUGGUCCAGAAGGAAACCAAGCACAGAUUUUCAAACAUUGAAGAUGAUUCUCCUCUAUCCACAUCACUCACAAAAGUUAAUUGUUAAUUGUUAAUGUAGCAACAGCUGUUAGUGUUCUGUUUGAUAAAGUGUGCAGAUUAUUGUGCCUACUGUAUAAUGGUUAUCAAACAGUUGUCUCAGGGGUGCAAACUUGGAAAAUGAGUGUGACACUGACCAGCCCAAAUCAGAAUCACACUUUCUUGCUUUGGUAGGUUUUUCAAAUCUUUCCAUUUUUUUUGAAGUUUUUAUGCUAGCUCCCUUUAUUGUAGUUGAUUACCCUAAUAUUUGAAAUUUAAAUUUCUAGGACUGUAAAUCAAAGUUUUUUUAAUCCAUUUUAAUUUGUGAUAUAUCAGCUUUAUAUGAACAAAUUCAGUAGUAUUCAUGUACAAUUCCAGUUAUUUACUAUGUGAGAUGACUACUAAGCAGUAUCUAGUGGCUGAUGUUAGCUGCCGUAUGGAGCUCUGAUUGGCUUUAGUUCUUCCUGAGAAGACCAUGCCAUCAAAACUCCAGUUGCUGAUGGUCUUUGACACCUCCUAGCAGGUUUUCACAUACGAGAUCAUAAAAACUAUUGGAAUCAGUGGAAUACAACAUCCUCUGCCCAUCCUGGCUUCUCAUUGGUCAUGUCUACAGUGAAUAUGGUUGUUGGAAAAAUAGAAUGCGAAACUAAAAAUGUAUUUUCCUUGCCCUUCCUUGUCUAUAUAUUUUGUCUUUUGAUCAUUAAGGUGAAAGCACUUGAAAAUUUAAACCUUGGAGUAAGUUAAGACAGGCUUGUUUUAUAUCAUAUGAAGUUGUAUAAUGUGUUUUGCAAAUAAUGGAUCAAUUUUUUGAGUUUAUCAAUGUACCUUUUGAAAACUAAUGUUGUACUAAAACAAAUAAUGGAUGACAAGGGACAAAAUCUAUUCAGGUACUCAUUGUAUGAAUUCUGAUUUUAACUGCUAGGAUUUAAGUAAAUCCUGAGCAUCAUGAUAUGAUAUUUACAUAUAUGAAAUGAAAUAUACAUAAUGUGCAUAUAUAGUAUAUGAAAGCUAUAUAAUAAAUCAUAGAAGUUAUGAAAAUACAUGAAAACAGACCAAUCCCUAAGUAGAAUUUUCUCUUGUCUUCCUUGGUAUCCUCUUUGGCUCCUCUUUUUAGCCCCAACCUCACUUCCUCAUGCUCUAAGGCAGGGCUGACUCCUCUCUUUACCACGCUUGUCAUCCCAUGUUCUGCCUUCCCUCAGAUCAUCUUGUUUCCUUUCAACCCCUGAUUUUCUCUCUUUAGUUAAAAAACAAGUGUUGGUUAAGGUAAUUGUUUAUUGAUCUAAACUACACUAAUGUGUGAACACAGGAGAGAGUCUGAAGAAUCAUCCCCAUCAUCAAGAUAUAUACAUUUCACCUAUACCCUUUCUAGGCUUUGUGAUGAAUCCCUGGGGUUCUUGAGUACAAGAUUAAACUGUAUGAGACAGAUUCAGGGAGCUACUCCCACCCUCCCUGCCUCUAGAGUUCCAUAUCCAAGGAUUCCUGAGUUAAUGAGAAACAAGGUAACUGCUUGCUGGACAGGGCAUGCACACUGUGACUUGGUAUUAUAUAGUUCAGGAGAAUGUGGAUAGGUCAAAGGCCAAAGCAGAUUUCCCUUUCUUCAUGCAGUAGAAGAUAGCCAGACCCCUGUGCAGAGUUGUUACCUUUACCCCCUUCUCCACCUGUGCAUGUACAGGAACCUUGACAGAGAGAGGGAAGAGGGAAAGAGCGCUUUUGUCAUUGUCCCCUUGUGUGCACUGUUUUGUCAGUGCAGGGUCCAUGCUCGUAUGUGCAAGCAAGGUGGCCUAACAGUGGCUACGGUCUGUCUAGUCAGAAUAGUGACUUCUUGGAAGGCUUCAGGACUAGUUAGAAGGAAGGCUUACAUGUGUUGCCUCCAGCUUUUCUUGACUUGGAAGAAAAUGAGGAAUCCCUCUUUCCCGAUGAAAGCCCUAUAGGUUAGACAUUUUUAAAUGUCUAAACUAGAAUUAUAUUCUAUUAGAACUGUAUAUAGGACACAUUUUUAUCCCUUUUGUACCCAGUUUCAAAUCAGGCUUCCCUUGUGAGAAAUGGAAAUUAUGGAGGUCACCGUAAGAUUCUUGAUUAGCUAUUUCAAGUAAUAUUUAAUAUAAAAUAGUCUUAAAGACUAUUUGAUAUUAGAUAGGCCUUGUGCUUAUGUACUGCAUGGAUUGAAACGCAUAUGAGGUCUAAGUCCUCAGUCUGUUGAACCUCGAGUCCUGGGUUUGAGACUGUGGCUCUGGGUGUCUGGACAGUCAGUUGUGUGUUUCUGUGCUAUGUGAUAGAGGUGCUUUGUUCCUGCAGCUGGAAACAGAAGCAGCUAUUCAUUGAAAAGUUUGAGGGAGGAAGUGUCAGCCUCAUUUCCCAUACCAGCAUUACUUUCAUGGCUCAUGAAUCUGAAGGAUUGCAUUUAGAACAUCUCAUACUAUUGCUUUCAGAAACUAUGGUAAAAAGUCACAGUCUCAAAACUUCAUGCAAACUGUAAUCUUGUUGAAAAUCAAUCCGGUAAUUUCCUAAUGGUCUUCAUACUGUCCGUGUUUAAAGAAGUCCUAUCUUACAGUCCUUUCUGUGUUUGGAUAAUUAAGUGUAGUUCAGUGAAAGAUAGUACAGAAUAUUUUUUUCCCCAAGAGAAUUUGAAAUUAAUUUUAUGAUCAUUUGAAA